AUGAGCUCGGGCUCGCAGUACCAGUCUCCGGGCGGAUACAGGGGCCCGUCCCGGCUUUACAUCAGCAACAACGGCAAACAGCAGCUCCAGGGUUUGAACCGAGCUGCGUCAUUGUACAGACCUGCGCAGUUUGCUGCUCCUCUCCAGUACGCACCGGCCACGGCUCGUGCGUCAGGAGCCAGACUAGAGCGCCCUGUGCGCGCGGGAACAAGUAGACUUCAGGGCACGUCGCAGUUCACUACAGCAAACACUUCCACUGUCGGUUUUUCCGAAUCUGGAUCCUCAAGGACGAGAGUGGAACCCCCCUCCCCGCGCACCAGGAGCGACACAGUAACUCGUGUCCAAAACCAGUUUUUACGCACGGGUGUCGCUCAGGCUCAACGACUGCCUUUACGCACGGGGCCUGAACCUUUGACACAAACUCAACCUUUACGUAUGGUGUCGGAGCCUUUGGCUCGUGCGCAAAGCCAGCCAUCACGCACGGCAGAGCUGGCACUUGUCUCACGGGAGAGUGCACAAACUGACCAAUCCGUUCCAGGACCUGCUCCAUCCCAGGAGCGAGACCUUGAGGUCCCUGUCCCGGUGACAUAUGAGGACAAUGCAAAUGAAGCAAACGCAGACACUGUCGACGUGGUGAACGACGACCCUCGGAACCCGUUUAAGAACCACAGAAACUCAGUGCUUUAUAAUCCAUAUCCAAACAGAGCGAGGCCUGCGGCAAGGCCACAGCGGCCGCCUCCCGGGACCGGCUACGGAACCAGGCUCUUCCAAAACGGCCUGCCUGACCUCAUACCUGACACAUACGCCAUCCAGGCGGGCACUUAUGUCCAGAGAAUGCAGAUGUACGCUCUACGCUGUGCUGCUGAGGAGAACUGUCUGGCCAGGUCGGCCUACAGCUCCAUGGUCCGAGACAUCGACUUCAGGGUCCUGCUGCGUUUCCCUCAGAAAGUCCGGAACCAGGGGACAGCAGACUUCCUCCCCGUGAAGCCGCGAUAUCAGUGGGACUGGCACAGCUGUCACCAGCACUACCACAGCAUGGAGGCCUUCAGUAACUAUGACCUGUUGGACUCCGUGACGGGGCGGAAGGUGGCUGAAGGGCACAAGGCCAGCUUCUGUUUGGAGGACACCAGCUGUGAGCCGGGAUUCAGACGGAGAUACGCCUGCACCUCGCACACACAGGGCCUGAGCCCCGGCUGUCACGACGUCUACGCUGCCAACAUCGACUGUCAGUGGAUCGACAUCACAGACGUGCCGCCUGGAAGCUACGUGCUCAAGAUAACUGUCAACCCAAGCUUCCACGUCCUGGAGUCAGACUUUACCAACAACAUUGUGAGGUGUGACGUCACAUACACCGGAGUCUACGCACAGACCAGAAAUUGCCGGAUCGCUCGGAGUUAA